CCGCGAAGCCUGGACACCAUGGGCAUGUCUGCGGAGGACGAGCGCGCCGCCAGCCCCAGAGAUGAGGAGUGGCCGGAAGCAGAGAAGGCUGAGAAGCUGGCGAGAGGAGCUGCUCUGAAAUGGGCUUCGGGGGUCUUCUACCGCCCCGAGAAACUGGAGGGGCUCGGGCAUUACCGGAGACGAGAGACACAGAGGAACAGCUCCAUCCAGUCCCGGCUGAAGUCAACUGUCCAGUCCUACCUGGAGGGGGUAAGUGCAGGGCUGGAGCAGCUGCGGUCGGCGGCCCAGGAGGUGCAGAGCGUGUGCCAGGACCUGGGGGCUGCACGAUGGGCCCUGCUCGACAGCGCAGACCACUUCCAGGGCCUCCAGCAGAUGAGGGAGCUGAUGGAGGAGCAUGUGCAGCUGGCCUCAGUGGUCCAGGUGCUGCCCCAGAUCUUCUCGGUCCAUGAGGUUUUUUCCCAUAUCCUGCAGCUGCUCCAUGGGCAGCAUCUCUUGGAGGCCCACGUGGAGCUCAUGAUGGUGGAACAACUCCGGGAUGACAUCCUCUCCCAGCUGCACCUCCGCGGGCUCUCUAGCGCCCAGGCAACUGUGCUGUCCUACUUUGGUGGCCUGCAGGACCUCAAUGAGAGCCUGGCCAAGCAGCUGUGGGACAUUGUGGGCAGCAGCCUGCGGCUGGUGCGUGAGGACCCCGUUGUCUUUGUCACUGCUGUGAGGAUCAUCGAGCGGGAGGAGAAAAUAGAUGAUACUCUGCUCUUGGAGGCCACCUUCCUGCCCCCUGGACGUCCAAAGGGCUGGAGGCAGAAGUUCUACCAGGUCCUCCAGGACACCAUCACAGGAGCCCAUUUCCAUGCUCCCCGCAUGGAUGCUGAGGGGCCAGGGCUGGCCAAGCACCUGGCAGCGCUGCAGAAGGACAUCGUGUCUGAGCUGCGUGUGGUGAAGGACCUGAUGGUCCAGUGCGUCCCAGCUCACUACAACAUCCUCAGCGUCUGCACUGCCACCUACCACCAGGCCCUCACCAGCCACCUCCAGGAGAUCCUGCGGGAGGACCUGGACAAACAGGGACUCUUCCUCCUCCUCGAGUGGGCGCUCCGUGUGUACCACAGCCCAGAGAUGAUGGGUCACCCUGACCUCCUCCCAGAAGUGGAUGUUUCUGCUCUGGAUCCCUUGAUGUCCUCUGAGCUUGUGGAUCAAACAGAGAGGAGAUAUGUGAUGAAAGUCAAGGCUAGCGUGUUCGAGUGGAUGCAGAGGACCCUGGAGGUGGAGUUCAAGGAAUGGUUCAGGGAAGAGGAACCUGAGACAGACCAUCAAGGCUUCUUCCAGUCAGCCUUGCCUGCCAUUGUCAUGCAGAUGCUGAAUGAGAACAUCCAGGUAGCUUCCUUGAUCACCGACUCUCUGCAGCAGAAGAUCUACAACAUGGCCUUGGAGGAGCUUGAGGCAUUCCUGGGUCGCCUGCGGGAAGCCCUGGUGCAGUGCGGGAAGGAGCACCAGCAGGACCGGGCCGUUCCCAAGUACUACAUCUCCCACCUGCUGGCCGUGCUCAACAACAACCUGGCUCUCAGCAAUUCUGUCUCCUCCCUGCACCCUGACACUGCCUGCAGAGAAGUCCCUGCAUCCCUCCAGGCUGCUCUAGACAGGAUGCAGAAGAAAGCCACCCAGCUGCUGCUGGAAGAACUGCUCCAGGACCUGCAGCCCCUCUGCCUGCAGCUGCCUUCCCGCAAGUGGCUCUCCGGGUCCCAGCUCGUCGGCAGCAUGUGUGAAGUGAUUGACAAGUAUGCAAAGAACUUCUCCCGCGUCAGGAAACCCUUGUUCACGCUCCUGCUGGCGGAGAGCGAGCUCCUGGUGGCAAACCAGUACCUGCGGGCACUCCUGCAGAAGAAGAUGGUGUGCAAGAGCCGGGAGGAGCGGGGCCAGCUGUGCCACCGCCUGCUGCAGGAUGCCACGCAGCUCCGGGAGCUCUUCUGUGGCCUGGGCCUGGACAAGAGCCAGCAGAGCCUGGAGGCUGUUUUUGCCCUGCGGGAGCUGAUCUGCCUCAAAGACCCAGCACUACUCAGCCUGGAGGUGCUGGGCUUCAUCAACAAGUACCCCGAUGUCAGCGAUGAGCACAUCUCCACCUUGCUGGAUAUCCGCGGUGACGUCUCCAAGGAAGUGCGGCACGUGGUGCUGGAAAUGAUGGCUCAGCACCCCCAGGUCCUGCCCGAAGGCUACCGGCCCAUCUUCAGCACCAUCCUGGUCCCUGUGCCAGAGCUGCCCUUCUGCCUUCGCAAGGGCAAGUGUGCCUGACCCUGCCUGGCACCGGUGCCCCGCUGGUCCCGGGUAGGGGCCGUGUGGGACAGCUCUGCGGCUGUGCGUGGUAAGAAUGAAGGUGACGUGUGGCAUCCCCUACACACAGCACCUUGUCCUGUGUUGGGGACAGUCUGGAUAAAGGCCACCCUCUUCUGGUCUUGCCCUGUUAGAAGAUUGUCCCCUGCAAGCACCAGUCCUGGGAUCCCUGGACUGGGGGAAAUCCUACCUGUAGCUAUUUUGCUGGCCUGCUGGGACAGUGACUGGGGGCUGCUCAGGCCUGGCCCGUUGCCUGCAGGAGAAAGAAGAGUUGCAGAAUGGACAGGAGUCUGCAGCUGGGGCAAAUUCACGUCUCCAUGGGGCUGCAGGGAUGUUUGGGUUUCCCCAAGUCUCCAGACAGCUCCCUGAGCCAGUGUGUCCCAGCCAUGGGAGGCUGUUACCAUUCCAACUCUGAGGGACACUGGAGCCUUGCUGGGGCCAGGCUGGCCAGGAGGGUUUCAGCCUUGGGAGGUCCUCUGGGCUCAGCCCUGGGGUUGGGUGUUGCUGCUCCACCAAGCUGGGCCCUGCAUGGCUGGAGUUGAGCAGCUGAGCCAGCUCAUCGUGGCUCACGGAUGCAGAGAAGAGCACAAGGUGGUCUCCCCACCCUGGACAGUGCCAUCAGCCCUAUCCCUGCUGGCACAAAGGGACAGCUCUGAGUUCCUGCUCACCUGCCAGUCUCCUGGUUCUGGCUCAUUUGUCAGCAUCCAAUGCAGGAUUGGAGUUGGAGACUCUCAAGCUGCAUGGAGUGUGGUCGUGCCUGGUGUGUUGCCUUGCUCCAAGGUUCCUCCGUGAUGGGCAGCAUCACCCUGAGCACUGGCUCUCCCUCCAUCCUCUGCUGCUGCCAGCCCUUGGCAUCUCCUCCCAGGUGCCAUAUGAAGAUCAGGAGCAGUCUGUGUCCCUGCCUACACCCUUGUGCCCAGCCCCUGCAGUGACCUGGGAGACCUCCAUGCUCUACCAUGCUUCCCACCCUGGGAUGGCCCACACCCCACUGUCCUUGCAUGGUACCACUGCUGCAAAUAAAGGCCUAAGCUCUGCACUCG